AGCAGCAAUAGUUAAUUCCCCUACACUCGGCCUUGCCUUUAUUGUUUCCCGUCUGAAAAUUCAAUGUUAAAUUACAUACAAACAAUGAAAAUAUGUCGUCGCAAAACGCAUCGUUCUUCUGAAAUUCAGAUCUUCGGCAAUCCGCCCCAUAAGCGCAUCAGCUAUGCCAGCCGCAUCUACGGUCUGACUAUCAUUAUGGCCUCCAUUGCCCUGAUCCAGUGGAUACUUUUUGGCGCGCUCUUAGGAAAAACUGAUUACCAGAAACACGAAGUCCUCUAUGGCUGGUGGUUAGCGUGCACCUUUUUUGCAGUGGCCGUCCUCGCCUGGACCAAUUGCGGACGCAAGGUACCGUUCAACUACAUCCUCCUCGGAGCUAUCGUGGAGUCAUCCACCAUAUAUAUAGCCAUGGAGCAGACGAAAAGCCAGAACACCCUAGUCAACAUAUAUGCCGGCAUCAUUGUUGUGGCCCUCAUGCUGGCCUCCAUCUUUUGGGGCGCCUAUUUUCCCAUGUUCAUUGUGCCGGGCGAUCUGCUGCUCAGCCUUCUGGUGGCCAUUUCCAACAUCAUGAUGAUUUUGUUCUUUAUCAACGCCUUGUGGAUCCACUACGAUGGGCUGUACGUUGCUGUCCGAAACACCUUCGCCGUGAUCGCCGUCUCCGUAAUGAUGUACACGGCUACCAUUAUCCACGAUCGACAGUUUGAUGUGCCCAAGAACGAGUAUCUGUUUAUCAGUGCCUUGCAGUUUUUCGCUUACAUGGUGCUUCACGAGCGUAUCCUCACUCUGGCCACCAAGAAUACUGUUCCAGCUAAUACCGACCCCCAUGACCAUGAUCUCCGCAGUUUCCUGAAAACUUACGCCUGACCCGGCUCCCUUAAGAUUAUUCUGCGUAAGUUCCGGAUCUCUACAUUUGGGAAUACUUUUUAUGGCUUCAUCAUUGUUCGUUCUGGGUUAUUGUAUAAUUUUUUUUGGACGGAGUUGGCAUGCGCCACAGCCAGACAAUGGAGGAAGUGUUUUCGAGUGAAAUUAAUAAAUAAACAGAGAAAUGGGCGGCACAGCUGAUUCAGAACUGCAAUUUUGAAGUAAAUAAAAUAUAUUCUUAAAUUCAGGAACUUUCUCCAAGUGGUUUCUUGUGCAUCUUCACAACUCUCAAGGAUUUUCUGAUCUGGCUGAGAUCACGAACAUCCCCGGCAACUUUUAAUUCGUGCAGUCGCGCCUUGAUUUCAACUGGAUUAAGUGAUGGAAAAAAGUAACUAUAAUGGGAAAUUUACAUAAAGAAUGCGCUCUACUCCACUUUGUCCGUAUGCUAAGCUGCCGUAACCGAAGAAGUGCCACUGAAAACAGGAUUAAUACAGCGGCGGCUGGACUGUCCAGGACCGCGAACAAAAGGGGCAGCUGUGCAAGACAAAGGAUCGCGGGCAAUAUCCACUUAAGGUCCAAGCCAGGCGAGAGGAAACUCGUUAUGAGUCACACAAAUCUCAGACUACCACGACCGAGGACCAUCUUUCCCUAUCUGUCAGAAGGGAAGCGACCAACCCUUUCUUCCAAGGCGUCGCGGUCAGUCGCGAAAACAAUCAGCGGCCAUAAAUGUUGAUUAUGAGGAUCAAAGCGACGAUGAGGAUGAUGAUGUGGAUAAGGAUGGUGAUGAUAAUGCACUCAGAGAAACAGUUAUAAUUUUUCUGAAAAUCUACAAGCUAUGUCGAUAUCGAAAUCAUCCUUUUAUGUCUUAAAAAUCUUAGUGAUGCUAAGCUAGGUCUACAUUUAACAGCAAUAAAGUAGUAAAGCAUUA